UGUUGUUGUUGUUGUUGUUGUUGUGUGUUGGCUGUCCUCGAAACCCGGCCUGGUUGCAGGGCUAACAGCUCCCGUUGCACAGCCAUUCCCUUGCUUGCUUCGUUAGCAGAUACCCUUAAACUCCCCCACUUAUCAUCCCCCAUCUACCUACGAAGCUUGUUUGCUCCCCAUUUCUUACCAUAUUGCCAUAUUCCGCUACGAUAUCCAUUACUGCGCGCCGCGACAAGCUCACAAAGACAAGACUAUCGACAGUUGGUGACAGCGAGACAAUGGUGGCAUCCGGGGAUACGCAGAGUCGCUUCGUCGUAGGCCUCGACUUCGGCACGACCUUUACGUCGGUAGCGUUCGCCCAUUCCGCGAGUCCGGAGGAGGUGAAGCUGGUGCAGACAUGGCCGAACGGCAGUCCGGGGCACUCCUCGGCGGACCAAGUGCCGUCCGAAGUGGCGUACGAUCCCACCACACGCGCGAUGCGCUGGGGCUACGAGGUUGCCAACAGCCGCCGGGGCGGCGAGCCCCUCAAAUGGUUCAAGCUCCUGCUGCAGAACCAGAGUGGGGCGUCGAGGUCGGUGCGUAAUGAGCGGCCGCCUGCGAUUCAGCCGCGCUCCUCGUAUCGCAAUGCGGGACUGGAGGCCUUGGUCGGUGGGCUCUCGUUGAUGGCUGUGGUAGCCGAUGCGACGGCGCCCAUGGAGACGCCCGAGAGGAAGACGGCGUUGCAGCUCGAGGAUCUUCACAUGCAGCCGGUCACGGUGGUCGCAGACUUCUUGAGAUCCGUCCGCGAAAUUACAAUAGCCAGCAUGGAGCGCACGUACGAGGUGCAGUGGGUGCGCAGGUCGAAGGUCGAGUAUAUCUUGACGGUGCCGGCAAUCUGGACAGAUACGGCAAAGAGCCAUAUGAUAAAGGCGGCGGAGGAUGCGGGCUUUGGGGCGCAUCGCGUCGAUUUCCAUCUGGUAUCUGAGCCGGAGAGCGCGGCGUCUUAUACCCUCAAGGCUAUCCAGCCAAAUAACCUCAAUCGUGGAGAUGUCUUCAUUAUCUGUGAUGCUGGUGGUGGAACAGUAGACUUGAUAUCUUACCGAAUCAAAGAUCUGAACCCAUUACGACUGGACGAGUGCGUGAGCGGCACGGGUGGUAUGUGCGGCUCCGUCUUCUUGGAUGAAGGGUUCGAACGGUACAUUAGAGGUGUUGUCGGUAACAGAGUUAUCGAUGCGAUGAAGCCGCGAUCGAAAAGCGCGAUGAUGCGAACAUGGGAGGAGAGGGUCAAGUUCAGAUUCGGAAACAGUUCGACAGAACUGGAGGUCAAUCUUCCAGGUGUUCCGGACAACAGGGCGAAGAGAAUCGAAGAGAGUUUCCACACUAUGGAAGAAGAAGAUGUGAGGACAAUCUUCGAUCCGGUUGUCGACCGCAUCGUUACGCUGGUGAAGGACCAGGUCAGGGAUGUAGAGAGGAAGGGGGAGGCCGUCAAGGCAAUUCUUCUCGUCGGUGGAUUCGGGUCCUCGGAAUACCUCCUAAAGCGACUUCAAGGCGCGCGGUAUGGACAGGGAGAUAAGAUCCUUCAGGUCCUCCAGCCAAUGAACGCACGGAGUGCCAUCGCUCGCGGUGCACUUCUGCGAGGUCUCGACGGCUCAAUCGUCAAGGAACGGCGAGCACGACGGUAUUAUGGAUGUGUGUCCUGCAGCCCUUACUACGCCGGCAACGGUCUGGAGGACCACAAGUACUGGGACAGCUCGGAUGAGAUGUACAUGGUAGAUGGACAUCUCAACUGGUACAUUGAGAAGAAUAUGGUUCUCGGAAACACAGUGUUCGUGUCGCUGCCAUUCUACCGCACCGUUCCCGUUCCCGCAAUCCGGGGAAUGGCGCCGUACAUGACGUUCCACGACGAGCUGGUGCUUUGCGACCUCGACAACGCGCCGGACUACCAGUGGAAGAACGUGGAAGCCAUCCGAAGACUCGUCUCGCUGCGCUCGGAUCUGUCAAGUAUCCCGACCGAAAAGUUCCCGGUGCGGACGAAUAGCAUGGGCGAGCGGUACUACCGUGUCGAGUACGAACUAAGGCUUUCGCUCGUCGACGAGGUGAUGCAUUUCGAGCUGGUGCUCGAUAAUACCGUCUGCGGCGUGGUCACGGCUAGGUUCGAAUGAGCGGAAUGGUUGCUGGUGGUUACAUGGGUUGGGGUUUCCUGGGUUUUGUGGGAUAUUUGCUUUGCCAGCGGUUUGUAGUUUGGGGUUUCGAUGUUGAAUUUGUUUCUAUUUGUUCUACUGGUUGGAGGAAGGAUGUCGAUAUCUGCGAAUGGGCCCCGAAGAAUAAAUUGAAUUGAGGCCGUUCCAAUGCUCAAUCGGAUCCUCCGGUGGCGAUGAA